AUGGUUGUUUUUCCUUCUCUUUUCGUCGACUUCUUUUAUUCAUACCCUACAUUAAUCAUUAUUACUAAUUCUUCAUUUAAUUUUUUUUUCUCGCUUCUUUUUCAUUCUUUUUCAUCGACUUCUUUUUUCCCUACCCCCAUAUUAUUUUCUUAUUACUUAUUCUUUCUUUGUUUUUUCUUCUUUUUUCUUUAUUUUCGUUCUUUCUGUUUUCUUUUUUUUCUUUCUCAUUCAAUUUCGCUUUACUUUUUCAUUUGCAUUUUUGUUUUCUCAUUUCUUUUCAUCGUCCUCCUUCUUUUUUUUUUUGCUUUCUUUCAUAUUCUUUUUGUUUUUAAUUACACGUCCUUUGUUUUACUGUUUUGUUUUUUUGUUUUUUACUUUUCCUUCUUUUCUUCCUUGUUUUUCGUUCUUUUCUGUCUUCUGCAUUUUUUUUCAUUUUUUUUUCUUCUGCCUUUCCGUUUUAUUUUCUCCCUUUUUUUAUACUGGAUCUUCUUUUUCGAUCUCAAAUUUCUUUUCUUCCUUUCUCGGAUUUAUACGCCCCGCCAUUUUUUCUUUCACUCCGCCCUAUUUUCUCAUCUUUUAAAUAAAUUUUCCUUCCUUUCUACUUACACUUCCUUUCUAUAUUUCUUCUUCUUCUUCUUCUUCUUCUUCUUCUUCUUCUUCUUCUUCUUCUUCUUCUCUCUUCCUUUCUAUUUAUUCUUUAUAGUCGUUCAUCCUUUUUCGUUUUAUCUUCCACCAUUUCUCUCUCAUUCUUUUCGUCUUACUUCUUCUUUUCCUUUCUUUUUUUCUUUUUCGAUUUCAAAUACACUUACUUCGUCCUUAAAUUUUUACUCAUUUCACCAUUUGCUUUUCUUCUUUUUUUUCCUCUCCUUUUCGACUAUAUUUUCUCCUCUUUUGAAACAUUUUCAAUUUUCAAACGGCUCAUUUAUCCUUUGUUCAGCCAUCUUCCCACUGCUUACCUCGAACUAA